UCGGCAACGCCGAGGCAGCCGAGAAUUAUUGCGUUGUGUUGUCCUCCUACGGGCUCUAUACCUCCUUGAAGUGUUCCUGCUGCUUGCGUGUAGAGAGCUGCACGCUGCUCUUUCGGGAUGGGAAAUUCAAAGCCAGCGAGAAUAAUUUUGGCGCUUACCCUUUCCGUGUCGACGUUCGCCCAGCUCAGGGUGCCCCUUCGACGAAUGAGGUCUUUGCGGGAGACUUACGAAGGCUUCGACAUAUCGCCCACUCCACUGGAGUACUGCGCAGCGGGAAAUGAAAUCCUUGCGAAACCGUUGAAGAACUAUAUGGAUGCGCAAUAUUACGGUGACCUCUCAAUUGGAACACCACCGCAAUAUUUUCGCAUCCUCUUUGACACUGGCUCCUCAGACCUGUGGGUUCCGUCCAUCAAGUGCAGCGAGAACGAACGCAUCUGUGGUCUCCACCAGCUCUACAACUCUGCGAAGUCAUGCACGUACGAACACAAUGGCACGCGCGUGGGACUCGUCUACGGAAGCGGACCUGUACAUGGCGAGGUCGUUCUUGAUGUAGUCACUAUCGGCAAUCACUCCGUGAAAAGGCAGGCAUUCGUCCAGUCCGACAACAGGCGUGGCACGGCCUUCGCCUAUGCCAAGUUUGACGGCAUCUUGGGCUUGGCCUAUCCGGAGAUAUCUGUGCUAGGAGCCACUCCAGUCUUUGACAACAUGAUUCAGCAGGGAAUCGUUCGUGACCCCGUGUUUUCGGUGUUCCUGAAACGUGGAGCUGGCGCACUGGGCACGCCGACAGGCAUCGACGGGGGCGAGAUCUGCUUUGGAGGUGUGGACAAGGCCCACUACUCAGGCGAGCUCUUCUACGUGCCCGUCUCGAAGAAGGGCUACUGGCAGCUAGCUCUCGACAGUGUUAAGUUCGGCAUCGACAAUUUUUGCACACAAGGCUGUCAAGCCAUCAUCGAUACGGGUAGUUCGGCAAUCACAGGGCCUUCGGAUGACGUCGACCGGAUCAUCAGAUUGCUCGGCGCCACACCAUAUUCAUCGGGACUGCAUCAAGUGGAGUGCGUCCUGGUAAACAAACUCCCUACUCUCACCUUCAUAAUAGGAGGCAGAUCAUUGGAAGUGCGACCAGAAGACUACAUUGUUAAGCUGAGGCAAGGCUACAGGACACCGUGCGUUGUCUUCAUCAAGUCCAACGACUUCGGCUCGAGCUACGAGUCACUCUGGAACCUCGGUGACCCUUUCAUUGGUCGCUACUUCACUGUUUUUGACCGCGGAAACGAUCGCCUGGGCUUGGCGGUGGCGCGGUGAGCGGUGUUUAAUUGUGCCUUGGGUAUCAAAUAAAGCAUUCCCCACCCAAA